CCAUUGUCCAAUCCAACACAUCGAGUUUUAUUGACAGAAAAAAAAGAUGGAGAAGUACAACAUUUUCACUCUGUUUUUCUUGGCUCUUUUGGCCUUGUUCUCCUUGGCGGAAGCAAGUUCAUCAUCAUCAUCAGUAGCAUCGUCCAAAGCCACAAUUACCUACACAAAUUUCAUCAAAACCAAAUGCAGCACCGCCACCAAUUCCCUAGUCUGUCUCCAAACCCUUUACCCAUUCGCUGCUACGAUUCAAACCAGCAACUUAAAGCUCUGCACCACUGCCCUGGAAGCAGCCAUUAACGGAACCAAAAAUGCAUCCACAACUGUCACGAAAUUGGCCAACCAAAAACAACUCUCUUCAAUGGAUGUUGCGGCCCUGAAAGAUUGCCUUUCCGAUUCGAAAGACGCGGUUUCAGAGCUGAAGCAUACCAUUUCCGCACUUCAACAUCUCAAAGGCCCUGACCGAGAUUUCCAAUGGGCUAAUGCCAAGACUUGGGGCAGCGCUGCUUUAUCCUACGCUGAGUCAUGCAGGGAUGGGUUCUCUGUGAAAAAGAGAGUAACGCCAGCUGUGAGGCAAAAGAUUGACAGUUCCUUUGCUAAAAUUGAAAAGCUCAUGAGCAUAUCUCUGUUUUUCAUCAACCAUCUUUACUAAAGUUGGAGCUCGUUUUUUAGUUAAUUCCUGAAAAGUUUUGGGAUUUUUUGUCAUGUUCACCUUGAAGCAUUUGCAUAUAUCCAACAGGCAGUUCAAUUUUUCCAGAGACUCAAUCCAAGUGUUAUAUUUGAAGUCGUUUUAGUAAUUCGCAAGACCGUUUGACUAAUAGUCAAUACUUACACGGCCGCGUUAGUCAUGUUGUAACGUAGCUCAUCUUUUGUUUAUCUUCUUACACUGAUAUACAUACUGAUUUUUUG